AUGAAAUUCCGCGGAACAGCGAAGCUGCGAGGUGCCGGAGCUAGUCAGCCAGUGAUGCUUCCCUCGGCGUCUUCGUCCUCGUCGUCGUCGUUGCCGCGUCGUGCUCACGAUGCAGCGCAGUAUUCGCGAUGUUGCGAUCUCUGUUCGCAGGAGGUCGUACUCUGCAGCCGUUUCGAGUUUGCCCAGCAUUUGCGUCGUAUGCACUGCACCAGAGAAGGAGGAUCGUUUAUUUGUCGUUACGGCUCAAAUGGAGUUUGUCAAUCACUGCCGCUUGAAGGCGUUUCGGAUGAUGAUUACGAAGCGCACAUUCGCAAAUGUCACGCCAAUGUUGGUGAGAAAUUUUUAAAUUAA